UAAGUUAUAAAAAUUGAUUUAGAUCGAUAACAGCGUUUGUAGACUAAAAUGGAAGAUUAUAGAUCGAGGUUUUGGAAGGUCUGAGGGGUCUUGAUGGGGGUCUUUAUGGUGGCCAACUGUCAAUACCCAACUGCAACGUUUUACCUAAAUUUGUUUAAGGCGGAAAUUGAUAGGACAACCUUUGCUAAUGAUAUUGCUGGGGAAGACACAGUUGCUGAAAUUGGAGGCGUAACUUUCUUGCUUGGAGGAGUCCAUCCACAGGUUUCAAGGCCUGACUGGCUUGAACCUACUGUGACACAACUGGGAUGGAUGUUUGAAGGAUUUCAUGCUGCCUGAGCUAAUGGACCUGGAGUCGUCUUUGGUGACACUUUUGGAUUUCACACUUGGAUAUAUUUUUCAGAGAUUACUCGAGACCAGACUCUUUGGUGAAAAGUAUGGCUCGAAGCAGCUGGGUCUGCUGAGCUGAACAGCAUCAGGUUUUGCCUUGCUCUGAUCGGAGGACAGCUUACCGUUAUUUGGAACCCAAAUGAUGUAAAUACUCACCUUCUAAAUCCUAAUCUUGGGCUUGAACAUAACUAUCAGUAUCUUAAAUUAGGCGUUUUUGCGAAAUAUGGAUGGUCGUAUAUUGCAGUUAAUUUCAAAGCAAAUACAGCAAAAACAAAGACUAGAGUUAAUGCAUAUAUGGCGAAUCAUGAUCAAUGCACCACAGUCGGUGACACCUUCGAAUUGGACGGUCCUAUGGUGGAUGAUGUGAAAUUCCUAUUCUGCUUGGGAGCUACGCCUUGGGCUGAUCAAACAGAUCCUUAUAUUCCUCUAUAUCCUCUCACUGCUCUAGUCAAUGAAGUAUAUUUUGUAGCAGGAGAAAUUCUUGAAAGAUAUCAUGCAUUGGAUGCGUUUGGGUAUCAAUGUACUGAUUAUUGCCAAAUUUGUAAGAAAAUAGACCAACCAAAAUGUUUAGAAGAUUUUGAGCCACAUGUUAUCCACUAUUGGGACUUCGCUCCAUUCAGAUGGGUGAGACCGAUUCAUGAUUAUGGGAGCAUCCCUGCUCCUAUCGUCAUUCCCAUUCCAAUGGAUGGUUCAGGCAUCUUUGCUCAUCAUAAUGGAGUCUGGUUCCAAGGAAGGACACUUGUAGCACCACCUGUCACUUGGGAUAUAUUCAGCUUCUCUGUAGAUGUAUGGCUCAAACAUUAUGAUACAAGGAAUGGAAACUUGAUAGAGACUACAGAUCCAGCUCCUAGAUCAUGGAGUUUUGGCUUUGUCAGUCCAAAUCUGUUCUUUACACUCAAUGGAAACACUCAGAAUUAUGAGGUCGCCUUUGACGCUCCUCGGAUGUAUAACAAGUGGUUCAUCGCACAAGCCUCGGUUGCAAGAGUGGGGUUACUGGAAAGCAGAAUCUGAGUUAAAUGGAAUGAUGAACCAAUAUCAUGAGGAUUCCAUGAUACAAUAUAUGAUGAUAACGACCCUGAAGCACCUAUUACAAUGAUGAUUGGGAGUGGAUUUUCCGGCUACAUGAGGAAGAUCAAGAUUUAUGAUUAUCCAAAGCAGAACCCUAGCUUUGAGUUGAUGUACAAGCAGGAACCACAAUGCUACAAAUUCCACCAUACUCAAUCAGACUGUGAGAUCUGUGAUAUUGACUAUAACUUCACUUGAUACACAGAAUGAUAUGAAAGAACCACUUGGGACUACGACUGCAAGAGAUGUCACGACAAGUGCCAAACAUGCUCAGGUGAUGACCAGUUCUACUGCAUGUCAUGCUGGAGACCCAGGUACAUCUUCCAUGAGAGAUGCACUUGUUGUCCUGAAGAAUGCGGUGAUGGAUUCUUCAUGGGAGACUCUCAAUACGAUUGAGAUGAUGGCAAUAACAACGAUGACGAUGGAUGAAACAGAAAUUGUCUUUUUGAAGCAGGAUUUACCUGCACUAACGGGUCGCCGUUGGGCCCUACUGUGUGCAACGAGAUAUGUGGUGAUGGCAGAAAAAUCAAUCAUGCCUGUGAUGACGGAAAUACUAAUAAUGGAGAUGGCUGCUCGUCGACUUGAACUAUAGAAGCUGGAUACCAAUGUACUGGAGGAAACAGAAACACAGUCGAUGUAUGCUGGGAGAUUUGAGGCGAUGGUAUCGAUAUGGCUAAUUACCCCUGCGAUGACGGCAACACAAUUAACGGGGAUGGGUGCUCCAGCGUUUGUACAGUAGAAUUAGGAUGGCAAUGUUUAGGAGGAUCAUUAACAGCUCCAGAUACAUGCACAGAAAUCUGUGGAGAUGGUUGGAGAGUUAACCAAGCUUGAGAUGAUAAAAAUACUGAUAAUGGAGAUGGCUGCUCAAGCGCAUGUGUAGUUGAAAAUGGAUGGAUGUGAGGUCAUGAGCAGCCAUCAAUCUGCUGGAAAAUCUCUGUUCCCUCUGUUGUAGCGGUGACUCAUGAAAAAGGCUUAAUCUCUUUAACUUUCAAUGAAACGAUCAUAUUAGAUACUGCCUUCAAUAACACAAACGAUAUUGGUUUUGAACUUUCUGGCCCAUUUAGUCCGUAUAAUAUUACUUAUGAGCUGCUUAAUGCUACUAUUCUGAAAACACCUUUGCCAAAUAUGACAGUAUGGUUUUCUUAUGAGAUUAGUGGCCAGAUUGUUGGAAAUGGAAGUGAAACUCUGACCUUACACUUCAAAGAACAGAGUCAUAUUAUCAACAGUGCUUAUAAUUUUGCAACAAUUAAUACAUCUUUUACCUUCAAGCCAUUCCCUCAAGAAUCAAAUAAGACUUGCGGAGAGUUGCUAUUUGCUCUUCCAAUAUUCUUCUGAAUGGUUGUUAUCAUUGUUAUUGGUGUUAUAUCUGCAUUAGCGGGCCAUUCAAUGGCAAUAGCAUGGCAAGCUAUUACAAUUAUCCAAUAUGUGAACUUCAUCCCACUCAUGAUGAUCUACUCUCCUUCGUGUCUUGUAAAGUUUGGCAAAUAUUUCAAUGUUUUUAAUGCUAAUUUCUUCCUAAUUUUGACGAGGCUAUCUCAAGGGAAAUUAAAGAGAGAUGAUUUCCAUAAAGAGACAGAGUGGAAAUUCAUCAGAGCAGGCUACACCACCUCCUCGAUUCUUUACAAUGCAGCUGAUCUCAUCCUGAUCUGGCUAAUUUUGUUGAUAACCAUAUUCGUUGCUUACAUGUUGAGAAGGUAUUGUUGAAAGAAAAACAAUCGACUUAAGACCCAGCUGGACAAGAUCAGGAAUGCCUCGAUUUAUGUCCUAAUGCUGUUCUGAUACAUGAGACUCACCUUCUUGUCAAUGCUCAACCUGAGGCAUAUCAGGUUUGAUGAUACUCUGGCGAUAAUCUCAAGCUGCCUCGGAAUUAUUGGAGCGAUCACAGUCUUUGGAUAUCCUCUCUAUGAAGGAUGGAAUGUAAAGCAAUUCAGCACUGAGCUCAAGACUGGAUUGCCUCCGACCCAAUUUAGGCUACAUAUCCUCUAUUCUGAUUUCAAAGUGUCUAGUCCAUUCCAGUAUGCUUACUUCUGGCAAUUUUUCCUCCGGAGAUUUCUAUUCGUUGGGAUGAUAAUCUCAUGGCCGCAGGAUAAAUAUCUAACUCUUUGCCUAAGCACGAUCAUGCACAUGGCUUCAAUGAUGUAUGUAGCUAUUGUAUUACCCUUCACUUCCAGGACCAAGAACAUAGCAGUCAUGAUCUCUGAAGGAGGUCUCGUAGCAAUGCACGGCUACUUAUUCCCAAUAAUGAGAGGGGAUUUCAGCAAUGAGCUUAGUUUCUACCACGACAAGGCCUUCAUAUUUUUCUUAGUAGUGUUCCUGGUGAUCGUAGUCCACCUUGUGCUGAUCAUAUUUGAUUCAAUUGCUCAUGUGAAGAGAGUUUGAAGGUCUUGUGACAAAGAGCCAGAAGACACCCCUCAAAAGAUCCUUGACUCCUUCUCUUCAAGCUCAUACACAGCAAGAGAUGUCUCCUUAGACGACGAUGAUGACAAGAACCAAGGACAAAUAGAACUGUACGAUCCAAAGAAGGAAAAUGAGAAAAUUGAACUGAAAAAGAAGAAGAAGAAAAAGGAAGAAAAAGCUGAAGAAAGGAAGAAAAAGAAGAAAAGACCUCCAACGCCCACUAAGAAGGGAGACCCAUUAGUAUCAGAAUUCGGUAGACCAAUGUUUAAAGAUACCCAGGAUAUUGAUCCUGAGAAAUCUAGUGAGGAGGAGUCCUCGGAAGAAAGCAGCAGUGAGGAUACUGAAGAGGCUAAGAUUGAACUUCCUCCCUUCCCUGGACAAAGCCCAUUAGAAGGAGCGGGAACUCUUCCGGUGCCUGUUUCUAAAGAGGGAACUCCAAAACCUGAAGAAAAGAAAGAGGCUUCUGAUGUACCAAAAGAAUCCACACCAGCUAAAGAAGGAACUCCAGCACCACCUGAAGAUAUCAGUAGAAUAAACUUCAAUCCUGCUCCCCAAGCAGCUGAUCCAUUGACUAUAACAGGCGCUUCCCUAGUAGCAAGGGACGUCCACUCUUUGGAUCAAAACCCCGCUCCUAAAGAAGAAUCAAAGCAAUAA